UAUUCAAACUAUUCUAUUACAUUCAAAUAAUUUCAUAAUGUAUAAAUAUAAUUUUUUUUUUCGAAAAUACUUCCCCGACAUAGCGGAGGUCUGAGUCCUAGUAAAAUAAAAUAGAAAACCCCUAAUUUCCUUUUUUUUUUGGGACAGAAACCCUAAUUUACAUAUUCUUCCAAAUUCCCAAAUAUCUCAAUCUCGCCGUUCUCUAAUCAUCAGUGGAUUGCAUUCUCGUAAUCGAUUUUGUAGUCACCGACACACCGUCUCAUCAUCGCACCGUUUCUGUAGAUUUCAAGCCGAAGUGCACUCUUGAUGGAAUCAAAGAUCACUAAGAGCGGGCCUACUUCGAAAGAUCCUUUCUUUUGCUUGGGAUUCAAACAAGCAACCCAAGUCAUCAAGCGUCCGCGACUUCCAAGGACCGUGGCUCUUCAGAUCUACGCAAAUUAUUGGCUCCAUUGCUCUCAGCUCAUUGACUUCACUUGGCCAGAACCCCUAACAGGCAAACACUGUUUUGUAGAUGAUAAUUAACGUGGUUUGUGGAUGCAAGAAAAAGGAAUCUCUACGAAAGAUUUUAAGGUACAAAAAUAUAUUAAGCAAGCAAAAGGAAAUCACGAAGAAAAGGAAUAUAAGAAAAAAUGUAAAGUAGUAAUUAGCAAUUUUCUAUUUGUGUGUUAGAGAAUCUCAAAUCUAUAAAUAGGGUUGCUUAUUCUAAAAGUUUUAAUCAUAGAAAAAAGAAGAUAACAAAGAGAGGAUUACUAAGAAAAAGAGAGGUUUAAGAUCAAAACAGAUUUCCAAGCUUUAGAUCUCGAAGCCAUUCACUAAUGUCAACUUCGGCGCAUAAUGAGUUGCAAUUGGGGCAAAACAGUUCAGAAAGCACAAAGAAUGUAUCUGUACCCUAUGUUUUUCCUCCUCCAAGACCUACCAAGUUCUCAUUACUUCCAAUUGGGAUCACGCGCAAAGAGGUUGAUAUUAUUAAGCUCACAGUCCAGUUUGUGGCUGUUUAUGGUCUUUACUUUCGGGUGAAAUUGGAGAAGAGUGUUUUUAUGAAACCUGAGCUUGAUCCUCACUUUUUGUUCCUGAAGAAGUCAAAUGACUGAUAGCAGGCACAAUUUUUACGGCCAGCUUGUUCUUGGGUAUUCCAAAGUCUUAUUGCGUUCCCAAAAGGUGACCACGAAGAAGGGUUAUAGUAAAGCAGCCAUGCUUGUUGAUGGAUUUUUAAAUCUUCUUCCUCAAGUGCUUGGAAAAAAGGAGGAUGAACACGGAGUGGAGAUGGCUAUGAUUGAUUUCCAGGCUUUUGAGUAUUUUGUUAAUAUGGAGUACAACGACUGGGGUGAGCUUCCAUACCUGAUUUUUAUACCUCAAACUCAUGAUGCAGAACAUCAGUUUCCCAUUACUUCCUGAUCAAGGUAUCACACGCAAGGAGCUUGA